CGCGGAAGUGGGGGAGCAAGAGCUUACUCUGAGCAAAAACGAAGACGCGGCGUCGGGCUCGGACGUCGAGAAGCGGCAUCACCAUUCGCAUGACUUUGAGGAGGACGACCACACUGCUCUCGCGCAGCUCGUCGGCGUCGGGAUUCUCGAGUUUGGCGUGAUCCUGCACAGUGUUUUGAUCGGUCUGACGCUCGCCGUGGACCCAGACUUUAAAGUCCUCUUCGUCGUCAUCGUCUUCCACCAGCUCUUCGAGGGGCUCGGCAUCGGCUCGCGGCUGGCCUACCUCAAGGUCCCGCCCAAAUACAAUUACAUACCGGUGCUCGCGGCGCUCGUGUACGGGCUGACGACGCCGCUCGGCGUCGCUGCGGGGCUCGGCGUGCGCACGACGUACAACCCGGGGUCCGCGCGCGCCGCGGCGGUGUCGGGCGUGCUGGACGCGCUGAGCGCGGGGAUACUGAUCUAUACGGGCCUCGUGGAGCUGCUCGCGCACGAGUUUUUGUUUAGUCGGGAGAUGAGGGAGGCGGGGGACGGGAAGAUGGCGUAUGCGGUUGGGUGCAUGAUGCUUGGGUGCGGGAUCAUGGCGCUGCUGGGCAAGUGGGCGUAGGGCGUGCGUGGCGUGUGCGUGCGUGCGUGCGUGCGUGUGGUGCGAUGCGCGGGGACGAUCGCCUUGUACGCUCGCGCUCGCGCUGUGAGGGCGUGAGAGACGCGCGAUGUGUCGCGAUGUACUUGCUGUUACUGUUUGGGAGCCCUGCGUGUUUCUUUCUUGGUUUUUGGCCACGAUUAUCUUGCGUUGCGUUGUUUCACUUUUUUUUAUUGCUUUUAGAUGAGACGAGACGGGGCCUGCCCGCUUCCACUUCCACUGCCAUCGGGGACGGGGAGGAGGGAGGGAGGGAGGGAGGUCGACGGUGUAGGAUAGUUGUACGCGCUACUACUUCUUGCCGCUUGCCAGCACUAGCAUCGUAGCUAGCAUCAGAGCAUCAUAGCCAGCAUUAUAGCAUCAUAGCUAGCAUCAGUGCAU